AUGGGUGCCGAGGCCUCGGGGAGCGGGCCGGCGCUGCGGGAGCUCCUGCGCGAGGCCGAGAUCAGUCUGCUCGAGUGCAAGCGGCGGGUCAAGAUUUUUGAUUCCGGGGGAGGAUGCGCGCACCAGUUUGGAGAGAAGGGGGACGCCGCCCAGGACAUUAAGUACCCCCUCGAUGUCACCGUCACCAACGACUGCCACGUGGUUGUCACCGAUGCCGGCGACCGCUCCAUCAAAGUGUUCGAUUUUUUUGGCCAGAUCAAGCUCGUCGUCGGGGGCCAGUUCUCCUUGCCUUGGGGCGUGGAGACCACCCCUCAGAAUGGGGUCGUGGUAACUGACGCGGAGGCAGGGUCCCUGCACCUCCUGGAGGUGGACUUUCCAGAAGGGGUCCUCCGGCGAACCGAGAGGUUGCAAGCUCGUCUGUGCGGUCCCCGAGGGGUGGCGGUGUCCUGGCUGACAGGGGCCAUUGCGGUCCUAGAGCGCCCCCUGGCGCUGGGGGCCGGGACCUGCGGCACCACGGUGAAGGUGUUCAGCGCCACCAUGCAGCUCAUUGGCCGGGUGGACACCUUCGGGCUGAGCCUCUUCUUCCCCUCGGAAAUCACGGCCUCCGCUGUGACCUUUGAUCACCAGGGGAAUGUGAUCGUCGCCGAUACGUCCAGUCGCGCUGUCCUAUGCUUAGGAAAACCCGAGGAGUUUCCCGGACCGAAGCCCGUCAUCACCCACGGGCUUUCCCAUCCUGUGGCACUGACCUUCACCAAGGAGAAUUCUCUUCUUGUGCUGGACAGUGCAGCCCAUUCUGUGAAAGUCUAUAAGGUUGACCGGGGAUGAUGGGCGUGGUGAGGAUUCUGAGGCUUGGAACCAGGAGCCCUGGAACGGCCACUAAUGAAUUGUUUAGCCCUGGAUACAUUAUUUAGUCUCAUCUAUCCAAUAGGGAUCAUUAUCACUGCCUGGCAGACUUACAGAGGGUGAGGCAAUUAUUAAAGAAUAUUAAUGAAAUCUACCGUUUAUUGGAUAUGUACUUCAUGUGCUAAGAAUUGUUUUUAAAAUAUUAGCUCAUUUGAUCCUUAACAGCUACCCAUAAGGUAAUUUAUAUUAUGAAUCCCAGUUUAGAUAUGAGAAAACUGAGACCCAGAGAGCUGAAGCGACUUGCCCAAAGUCACACUUACUGUGACAAUCACCAUUGGAACUCAAUUCUGACUCCCAAACACUGUCUCUUAAAUAAAAUAACAUAUGUGGGGGAAA